GUGUUAUCAGUGUGUGUAGUGUGACACGUAGAGAAUCUGAUGUAACUCACAGUGUAUACGUUAUUAUUUUUCUUGUGAUAUGUAUUCGUAUUAUUCUCUUGAUAGUUCUAGUUAUAUUACUCAUGUAUACGACCUGAAUCCAACCUACUUUGGUUCCUGAGUUGGUUAUAGUUUAUAUUUAAACUUAUUUACAGCUCUAGUGACAAUUUUGUGAGUUGACAAGUUUCAAACACGCGGGUUUCAUUUUUGGAUGUAGUUCAAACGUAUGACUUAAAAACGUGGUUUUAAAUUCUUAGUCUGUAAAGUAAAUAAUUCAAAAUUUGUAAUUAUGCCGGUUGUGAGUCGUGGGCUGCUGUUGUCAGCGAUUGUGUCAGUAUUUGCAUUGCUGUGGGCGACUGGCAGCGCUGACCUGACUGAUGACCAACUCAAGGCGAUGGAAGCAGUGAAUGUAAAGCAGAUGCUGAAGAACGAAAUCAAGAUGGGCGCCAAAGAACACAGAAGGCAGGGAGUUAGGAAGUAUGAAGGGGAAGUAGAGCAGACGGAGCAGAACUACACGCAUCCGUUUUUCAAACCAGGGAUUGUGAAUGAGAUUAGGUAUUCAUACAGAAAAUAUCGUGAAAUGAUUUUCUUAAAAGAAGGUAAGUUCUGGAUGGGAACCAACGAUCCAGAUUCUAAAACUGGUGAAUAUCCAAUGAGGAAUGUGGCAGUCAAGAGUUUCUACUUCGAUACGAAUCCUGUCAUAAAUGCAGAAUACUGGGCUUUUCGUGCACAGAAAAAGUUUGUGAAAUCAGAAGCUGAAAAGAAAGGUUGGAGUUGGGUAGUUGAUAUGUUUCUAAGUGACGAGACACGUGACUACUAUAGUAUGCCUGGAGCCCGUGGUUGGUCAGCAGUGAAAAAGGCUAGCUGGGAUAAACCUGAAGGCCCAGACUCCAACCUGGAAGAAAGAUGGAAGCAUCCUGUUGUUCAUAUUAGCUGGUACGAUGCCAAAAUGUUUUGUGAGUUUCAUGGUAAGAGAUUACCAACAGAACCUGAGUGGGAGUAUGCUGCCAGGGCUGGGGUGAAAAAUCGUGCAUACCCCUGGGGAGACAACUGGGAAAGAAGGAGAGCUAAUGUUUGGCAGGGGGAUUGGCCUUAUGAAAAUCGUAAAGCAGAUGGCUAUGCCAUAACUUCACCAGUUGAUGCCUACAAACCACAAAAUCUUAUUGGUCUGUAUGAUAUGAUCGGCAAUGUUUGGGAAUGGACAUCAUCAUCUUACGUUGAACGAGGUGUCCAGCCACAUCUUCAGUCCAGUAUGGUUGUACUAAAAGGGGGAUCCUAUGUUGAUUCUGUAAAUGGAAAGAUCAAUGCUGCUGUUAGAAAUGGUCAGAGAAUGGGUCAGAAACAAGAUUAUACUGCAGCCAAUGUUGGCUUUAGAUGUGCCAAGAGUGCUCCAGAAUUUGAUACCACCACUACAAGCACUGUCCAAACAACCACUCCCUAUAAGGAGAGAGUGCCAAAAUUUCAUAGGAGAGAGAAAAAUAAAGAUGAGCUCUGAACAGAACAAGUAGAAUAGGAUGCAAUCGUUUAAAAAAUUGUUUUCAUUUAUCUAUAAAAGUGAGUUUUAAAGAUGCACACAUAAUUUUUUAUUUCAACAUUGCUUUUUAAGUUGUAAAUGAAUGUUGUAAUAAAGCAACUUAAUUUGAUAAUAUUUAUUACUUAAUAAUUCUAUUUCUUAAUGAACACAUAUUCUUUUUUCUUGAGUUUUGGUUUUAAAAAAUAGCUGUUAAUUUUUCUAAACAAACUACCCUUUCCAAUAAUGACAGCCAAUGAAUUAGCUCUAAACAUAUUUGCCCCAUCCCAUUUUGUUUGCAGGUCUGUCUUGAUUUCUACUAUAUUUCAAACAGUUUGAAUACCCACCAUUUGUCUGUCAGCUUAAUUAUUGUUAGCAAUGUAUAAUCAAAUUCAAGACAGCAGUGACGUACUAGGUGUCAACAUCUGUCCUGUUAUUUCUACAAAAUCUAAUGUAAUUGCUAAUUAUAUAAGAACUUAUACAAUACUGUCCUAGGAAAACUAUUACUUGAUUAUAGCACAAUGCAAGGUUGUAUAUUUGCAUUUGAGUAUAUGUUCAUACAAAUGGGAUUUCUAUGUUUUUGGUCUUUGUUUUUUUUAAUGUAAAAUGUAUUGAAUCUCAUAAAAGCACAAUGUAUGCUAUUACACUAUAUGUAACUGACAGUCCUACAAACCCAUUAGGCAACAGCCUAAAUUCCACAAAUUGCCAUGAUAGAAAGUAUUAACCACUUAUUUUUAGAAGCACCUUUAAAGUAACAACAAAUAGUUGACUGAAGAAUAUUUAUUAUCUGAAUUGCCAUCACAUAUUUAUACUUAUGUAAACAUUUCAAUAAUCUGAUUGGUUUCUUGCAAUGUCCUUAUCUUUCAUUCUUCUUUGAAUGGGUUCAUUGUUAGAAAUUAUUUUCCUUGCAAUAAUUGUUUAAGAAUGUUAAAAUGCUUGUAGAUUUAUACAAUUUUUGGUCAAGUUUUUGUAUGGAUGUGUAGUAAUAAUUGUUAUAUGCCAUGCAUUAAUUAAUUAAUUUUAAAUAAAGCAUGUAAUGUGUAA